UGUUCUGUGACGAUUUGUUAAAGACACGAUUUUAUUUAUUAUCACCAAAACAAUCUGACGAACGCGUGGAUGAAAACAAAGGAUUCUGUGAGCUAUAAGUGAAAUUAAACUAUAAGAAAUGUGAAUCACAACAAUUUUGAUUAUCUUUAUUUUACUGUUUAUGCCAUGUUGUAUUGAGCAGCAUGACUGCAUUAUACCCUGUGCUGUAUUCCCGUACUGUUUAUUCUAUGUUUUGUUGAGCAGUAAGACUAUAUGAGACACAGUACUGUAUUCACAUACUGUUUAUUCUAUUCUGCAUUGAGCAGUAAGGCUGUUUUAGACUCAGUACUGUAUUCACAUACUGUUUAUUCUAUUCCGCAUUGAGCAGUAAGGCUGUUUUAGACUCAGUACUGUAUUCACAUACUGUUUAUUCUAUUCCGCAUUGAGCAGUAAGGCUGUUUUAGAAACAGUGCUAGACUCGUGUACAGUUUUUUCUAUGUCUUGUUGUACAAAAUUACCGUACUAUCUAUUCUAUGCUGUAUGGAGCAAUAAGACUUAUUAGAUCCAGUGCUAUAUUAAAAUACUGCUUGUUCCAUGUUUUGUUGAGGAGUAAGACUGUAUUGGACCCAGUGCGGUAUUAAAAUACUGCUUGUUCCAUGUUUUAUUGAGCAGUAAGACUAUAUUAGACCCAGUGUUGGUGUGUUAUAAUGAAUAAGUAGUUGAUUGUGAUUUUUACUGGGUUGACAUGAAGAUUAACUGACGGUUUUUGAAAAUAUUAUAAAAUGGAUACGGACCCGGAUGUAAUUCAGAGUAGUCGAUCAGUAAGGUGUAAGAGAUUUAUUAUAAAAUGUUUGAAGAAGUUUUUGGUGUUUCUCAUAUCUCAGGUUGGAUUAACGUGUGUGAUGGUUGGAUACACGAUUGGUGGAGGCUUUUUAUUUGUCUGGCUAGAAUCAGGUCAUUCGAAGGAAGUAAGACAGAACAUCGGUAAUAUUCGACAUGAUCAGGUUAAGAAAUUAUGGGAUAUAACUGCCAGCUUAAAUAUUUUAUAUGAGAAGAACUGGACAGUGAUGGCGGAAUCUGUUUUUCUGAAGUUUCAGACUGAUAUUUAUCAUGCUGUAAAAGACAGUGGUUGGGACGGACAGGAUUCAAUAACUAAACAAGUUGGUGAUGAAGAAUGGAGCUUCGCUGGUUCUCUUCUUUAUUCUGUUACCGUCAUAACAACCAUAGGUUACGGCCAUUUAACACCGCGUACAAUGGAGGGACGAAUAGCCACCAUAUUCUACGCAGUGAUUGGAAUACCCUUAUUCAUGUUGUGUUUAUCAAAUAUUGGCAGUCUCAUGGCGCAGUGUUUUAGACUCUUCUGGAAGCAUUUAAAAUAUACGCAAUUUUUCAAACCUAAACGUCAAAACCAAGCGAACUUCAGAUCGUCAACUAAAAAACCAUUGAUGGACUUAAAUCAAGUGAACGGAAGUGACGUCAUGACAGAAACGGUUGGUAACGAGGCUCAGUUUAUGAAAGUAUUGGAGGUUAAUACCCGAUCGGAAGUAAUCCGGAUUCCCAUAAGUGUUUGUUUAUGUAUCGUGGCGUUCUAUAUAUUUCUAGGUGCUCUAUUGUUCCAACAGUGGGAGGAGGGGUGGACCUAUAUGGAUGCUUCGUAUUUUAGUUUUGUGACAUUAAGUACAAUCGGAUUCGGUGAUUUGGUGCCGGGUUACGCCCAUGAUUCGUGGGGUAAUCAGUAUAAACGUGUCGCCUGUGUGCUGUAUCUGUUAUUCGGACUGGCGCUACUUGCCAUGUGUUUUGAACUGUUACAAUCAGAGGUACGAGAAAUUAGCAGACGUAUUGCACGUGCUCUUGGUAUUGUGGAAGAAUAAGGUUAAGCAUUGAGGCGUCUCUGGGAAAUCAAGCGCAUCAUUUUACUAUCAUAUGGCACUUCAUUUGACGCUUCAUUUGACGCAAAAUUUAGCGCGUCAUUUGGCGCAAUUUUUGGCGCAUCAUGUGGCACGUGGCACGCAUGUGUUUGUGAAUAUUCUGACAGACAGAUGUGACGUGUGUAACAGUUUGCGCAUUUCCCCUAAUAACAUACCCGAAUAAGACUUGAUAAAGAAACACAUCCUCAGAUAAUCUUGUGGAUGCAGGUUUAAAAUCGUUCAAUCUUUUUAAAUUUGGUCAAUAUAAAAUAUUGGACUGUACUGAAGUUUCGAAAGAUUGACCGGAAGUUGGUUUGUUGUGUAAAUUUACUUUCAUUUGCCAAGAAAUCAACACAUCAAAAUCGACAAUUUCAUUUUGUACCCACAUCAGACAAUGGACGUCUUUGUGUUUUGUAGUUUUAAUUUGAAAAAGCGUCAGGCUUAUUACAAUAUUUGUUGUGGUGUAGUCUAUAUUUUAUUUAAUGUCCGCGAACUUUAUAUUUGACUUCCUGAUUUUCACGGGCGGAGAGAAAUGGAGUUUAACGCACUGUCGACUCAAACCAGGUCAUUUCGGGACUAACGUACGGUUUAAUAUUAUAUAAAUAAUUCGCUUGUGUGUAGGGGUCUUUAGCUGUUGGGGGAAACCGAAUGACCCAGAGGAAAGGCACGAGGCGACCCUACUCCUUGUCUGUACAAGCGAGGAAUCGAAACCCCGCCAUGGACGGAUCUGUAUAAAGAAGAUGGGAGAGAAGAAGCUGGACCCACUUAACACCUGCCGUUGCUGUUCAAUAUUAAAUUUAUUAAAAUAUGCUUAACAAUUUGUGGUAAUAAGAAAAUGUCAAUGUCACUUUUUUGGAGCCACGGUGGCUAGGUGGUUAAGACACUGGCUCGCUAGUCUGAAGGUCGGGUGCUCGAUCCCUGCAUUGGCCGAGAAAGUUCAUCCCGAUUUUCCGACGUGGUUUCCCCUUGUCAGUGGUGCAGAACGGGGGGCCUGACAAGGACAGCUGUCUAGUCCUUCGGAUGAGACGAAAAACCGAGGUCCCGUGUAUACAUUGGAAUGCACGUAAAAGAUCCCUUGGCAGUUGGAAUUCGAUAUAAGAGUAGGCGAUAGUGCCGCUGCCCGGGCAAAAUUUCCCUCAUAGCACACUUUGUGGCGUAUGCCCUUCUUCAUUAGCCCCGUAUAGGAGCAGAACAGUAGGAUGUUAAACACCAUUUCAUUUCAUUUCCAAAUUAUGUUGGUGUUUUGUUCUUCUGUGUCAGCUUUGAAUCUUCAGUUUAUUCCACAGCUUCGUUUGUAAACCCGAUAUGGUAGUCAGUGACGGAUCAUGGUGAGGGCCCGCCGACCUCAUUAUCCGUCAACAGUGAUUGUGAUUGAAUGAUAUUCUGAGAUAAUCGACAUACGCCUCACGUAAAAUACAACCGCCAGUAGAUAGGAAUUAACCACAACGUCAGGAUAGUAGACAUUUAAUAACAAAGCUCACAAUGGCAGGAUAACUCUCCGUAUUAUUCCCCAAGGGAGAAAACUAAUUAUACAUUUACUGUAAACGGUAAAACCAAUUAGUAGGGUACAGUGGGCAUGAUUUCUUGUUUUAGGGAACUGACCAGAAGUGAAAUCCUACAGAGAAUCAAACUAUGUACUCAGUUGAAGCCAGCCAUGUGUUCGAUUUAACAGUGCUUUUUGUGUAGAUCAUUGUAAAACCGAAAUUUGUUUUGACCCAAUGUGUCCCGUAUGUGGGGUACACCGGGGGUCACACUAUGGGACACAAUUGACCAUCAAGUAUGUUUUUUAACAAAAAACAAUGUGACAAGUGACACCUGAGCCUAGACAAGUUACUUGAUACACCUAUAUGAACAAAACAAUUGAAGAUUUUGUUUAAAGUUGUUUUGUAACCAUGGUAUUAUCGGUGAUUUUAAACACUAAAAGUUAUUAUUACAGUGUCUUCAAUAAAACUGUGUAUCCGAAUGUUGUACAGAAUGAAAUUUGGGUAAACUUUUUAUGUAGCUAUUGUACUAACUAGAACUAUAUUCACAAGUCUACUUCGCACGAUCGCGUCUGUGAGGCAGACUCUGUUUAUUGUUUCGUGGUAAAACAUGAACAAUCUGAUUAAAACACAGAUCAUAUUUCAUUUCGUUUUUUUAUAGUUCAAAAUUUCGUUUUACUUGUCUUUACUACACUAGAAUCUGGAAGAGUUGUUGUAGUGAGGGAUUAGCCAAUGAAAUGGUCUGUUACGGCGAGUUUUUGGUGUGAGAUGCACAGAACUGUGGGUAAUCAAAUGUUUAACGUCAUAUGGUUUAAAGUCGCUCGUAUGACCUCUGACGUGAACUCCCACUAUAACUUGUCAGAUCUUCAUGAUGUAGAGGCCAUCGAAAGUAUAAAAAACGAAACGAAAUAUAAAUCUGUAUUUGAAUUAGAGUGUACAUAAACAUGUCCUACAAAAUAUCUAAUAUUGUGCAUGGACUGUACUGUACAAUAUCUAAUAUUGUACAUGGACUGUACUGUACAAUAUCUAAUAUUGUGCAUGGACUGUACUGUACGAUAUCUAAUAUUGUACAUGGACUGUACUGUACAAUAUCUAGUAUUGU